AUACUAUGAAAAGUAAAUGUUUAAAAAGCUAUACAAUUUUAAAAUCGAAAAAAUCCCUUUAAAAAAAGGUCAAAGGUGUUGUGUUUUUUAAUGGUUUUGUAUAGAUUAUUUAAAACAAAAUUAAUAGAUAUCUACCUAUUAUGAAAUGUUAUAACAUACCUAGAAAUAAUGGACCAAAGUCAAUAAUAUAAUCUAUACAAAAUGAAAGUGAAAUCAUCUUUUUUUGGUAUUGAGUGUGUUUUCUACUCUAUUCCUGUUGUGGCCACUUCCCCUACAUGGGGUAUUUAACAUAAUAAUGAAGUGCAAAUCUAAAACGUAAAUAAUGCAAAGUAUAGCAACAAAAUAUUUCACAAGUACAAACAAACAAACAAAAAAAAAAAUCGAAAGUAACAAAACAACAACAACAGCAACUUCAAAAAAAAAAGAAAAAUACCAAAGAGAAAAUGCAGCAAAGCGUUUCAUUAUGUUGUCUAUGAACCAAAUAAAUCUAAAGCUCCAUAACUAAUUAACAAAAAAAAAAAACACUAUGUAAAUAAUUUAAAUAAAACAAAAACUUUUGAAAAAAAACGCUCUCUUUUAUACACCGCUACUUUUUCCACACUUUCUGGCAACACGGCAAUUGUUUUCUUCUGUAAAAGUGACACCUUUAUUAACCAACAACUAUAACAACAAAAACACUCCAAAUAUGAGUGUGUCGACUACCACCUUAACAUUAACUCGUGUACCCUCACUAGAUGAAACUUUACAAAAAGCUCAGUAUAACUAUCAGUCAGUUAAUAAUGCAACAAAUAACAGCAAUAUCAACAACAACAACAAUAACAGCAUUACCUCGUCAGCAACAUACUAUCACUUUCCCAGUGAAACGGUAUUAAACUUUAAUAAAAAUGAACCAAGACCAUUAACAUCUGAAGAAUCGUUACUGCUAGAGAAAACCAAACAGUCGCAUAAUCAUACCAAUGCCACCAAUGGUCUACUCAUGCACAAGAGUAGUAGUUACAAUGGUAUCACAGUUAAAGGCAAAUCCACUAUUAUCAAACAGGAUAGUUUGAAUGGACGCAUUAAUACCACACUCACCGAUAGUGAUAGUGAAUAUGGCAGUCGUAUUACCAUACCACCCACAAAAUCAGCCGGCAGCAGUUCUUCGCCUUUGGCUAACGAAGCCGAUGAUGAACAUGAUAGCUUCUUAGUGGGUGGUUCUUCGGGUGCCGAAACUGCCACUUCUAGUAGUUGUAAUAAUCGUCGUUCAAAUCGUUCGAAUAGUAAAACCCGCUCUUCAAUAUGUUUUCGUGCCAAUGCUUUUAUCUCACGCAAUUGGUAUCUCAGCUAUUUGGUACCACUUUCCAUACUUUUGGCCCUCAUGUUUGUCGCUUAUCUGACACGAGACUAUGCGAAACGUCUACUGUAUUGGAUUGAGACCCAGAAUCCUUGGAUUAUAUUCACCAUAUUUAUGUUUCUCUUUAUUGUUGUUAGUUUUCCAAUUGUAGUGGGUUAUUUUGUGCUAAUGAUAACGGCGGGUUAUUUAUUUGGCUGCAUUAAGGGCUUCCUAACUGUGAUAUUGGGUGCAAAUAUGGGUAUAGCCAUAGCUCAUGUAACUUUAAGAAGCUUACGGCAUCGUUUACCUAUACAAAAAUACUACACGUUUAAGGUCAUUUGUGGCGUUGCCUUGAUGUUUUGGGUGGUACAAAAAGCUCGCAAAGAAUUAUCGGAAACUUUGCUCACCGACAUAAGCAGCGAUGGCAAAUUAAUCGAUAUACAAGUGUAGCAAGACUGUAGUAAUUUAAUUUUGUUAUUAAAUUAUAAAUAUUUAUAAAAUUAUACUAAACUAAAAAAAAACAACAAAAAGAUAGAAAACGGAA